GGGCCGUUGAGCUCUUGACUGGAACGUCCCGAGCAAAGAGAACUACAGAAACAUGUUUGAGCCUAUACGGGGAGGAACUCGAGGAGGUCAAGCAGAAUUCAAGUGGUCAGAUGUAUCCGCAGACAAGGACAGAGAAAACUAUCUAGGGCACAGUAUCAACGCACCUACGGGCAGAUGGCAGAAAAACAAAGAUAUUCAUUGGUACAACAGAGAAGCAAAACAAACUGAUGCUGAAAGAGAUGAAGAAAUAAGGAAAAUCAAAGAGGCAGAGGCGGAGGCAUUGUCUGCAGCACUAGGAUUCGCACCAGCAGCACCGAAAAUACCAGCUGAAUCUCCCACUGCUAUCAAGUUGGGAGACGAAGUAGCGGAUACUGAAAGUGCCCAGCGAGCUGCAGAGAAAGAAGAGAGACGGCGAAGGAAGGCUGAACGUAAGGAAAAGCGUGCCCAAAAAGAGGCUCGCCGUGUUGGGCGUGCUGAGCGUGACCUUGACGACACUCGACGCUACGAUCACUCUCGUUCCCGUUCUCCCAGGCGCCUGACAGACGAGCACGCUGAAAGCAGGCACCGCUCUCGUCAUAGUCGUUCUCCAACUCCACCCCAACGUGGCAGACGUUCUCAAUAUGGACACACGUCCGGUUAUGAUGAUGUCGAGCGAGAAAAGGAAAGACAGAGAGAUCGGCGGCGAUGGGAAAUGAACUCCCAGAGAGAUAGGCCAGGUGCUCGCUGGGGACGUGAUUAACCUGGUGUUCAGUCAGAAUACCCCACCGCACUAACUCAGCGCGCGAGUCUUCCUUGUGCCGAUGAGAACAGCGCAAUACGCUGACGUCUGGUAGUUCUCAUAUGAAGUUCUCUGGUUUCACCGCCGUGAGCUGUGCCGCCUGGUCAGAAGACAAACAAGGGGCGUAUUCUCGAAAUCAGUCAGUUAUGUCAUUAUCAAGUCUUGAUGUAAUGAUGGCUUCUGCAUGAUCACCGGUAACUCUUGAUAUGCAUAGACUUACACAGGUGAUGAUUAGCAGAUGUCAUGCAGGGACGAUAUGAUAUUUUACAUUAGACUAUAGUUACCAACGCAGCAAAUACAUAGGCCCUGAGGGGGUUCAGUCUGGUUUCUAUCUU